ACCAUUUCCCAGCAAUAAGACGUGGAUAUUACGUUUAAUCAGACGAGCACGAGAUUGUUGGAAUGAAGCCCUCAACAUGCUGGACGUGCCGCCUGCGCCACAAAAAAUGCGACGAGUCGCUGCCAAUUUGUGGCGCUUGCGCAGCGCUAGAGAUUGAUUGCCACUAUUCCCCCCGAAAGCCCCAGUGGAUGGAGUCUAAGAAGCGUCGGCUUGAAGCCAUGACACAGCUAAAGGCGCAAGUCAAGAGAAGCGCAAAACGACGGCGCAGAAUCGCUCAAAUGAGGACCAUCGCCAAUGGAAUCGAUGCCAGCCCAGACUUUGGUACACUUGAGCAAUGUUCUGAUACUUUCCAGGAUCCUCUGUCCCAAGAGACUCAUUGCCCAUCGGUCACGCCGUCAUCGAAACCAAUCACCCCACCAACAAUAACGCCGACCAAGAAUGGGGCAGCCUUCGUUUCAGUGUAUAUGGACUACAUUUUCCCCAUUCUUUAUCCCUUUUACCGACCAUACAUCACUCAAGGCGGACGCAUCUGGUUACUAUCCCUGGCGAUGAAGAAUACCGGGUUCAUGAGCAGUAUCAAGAGCAUCUCUGCACUCAUCCUGCGGCUUAUUCCUGCUCAUGUUGGCCCGGGACAGGAGGCUUGUGCCUCAAAAACGUGGGACGAAAUUCAUACGCAGGCCAGCGUCGCCCUGGCAAGUAUGCAACGCGACUUACAGCACCUUCACGAACGCGGCAUAGGGAACUGUCUCUCGAGCAGCGUGCACUUGCUGGCAAAUAUGAUGCAGCAACUUAGUUUUGAACUUGCAAUUAUGCCGUCAGGAAACUGGCAGGCGCAUUUAGAUGCGGCCACGAACCUGUUUGAGCAAAUUCUCGAGCAUCAUGGUAAGGCUGGCCCGUCUCCGCAAGUAUCCGCCGUACUCAGUAACUUAUCUCACCCUUCUUGGCCGGGUGCGGCUGAUGCCUUAAAUACCGAACAGGGGGCAUUCCGCUUCUUCUCUAGUAUCUUACUGGUUGCCGAUAUCAUCUCCAGCACGGUGCUUGACCAACCUGCCAAGCUACUUGAGUAUCAUUCUGAGCUCCGACGCAGCGACUCGCGCCAGAAGCCUAAUGCUGACCUAGAAGAGGUAACCGGAUGUCAGACCUGGGUUCUACUGGCUAUAAGCGACAUUUCAUCGCUUUCGCGAUGGAAAAAAGAUCAGAUGAUAAGUGGCAAGCUGUCAAAGGAUGAGCUCAUUUAUCAAGCGACUUCACUCGACAGAAUUCUCAACAAUGGUCUUGAUAAGCUAGGGCAAUAUGACAAUACAGAGCACAUAUCCCAACAUAUCCGCCCCCUAGAGUCGCUUCUCAAUCAAUCUGGAUCUCCGUAUGGUUAUUCUUACUCUCCGCCAGAAGCCAAGUUGCCGCUGACGCGAAUCUGGAUUCAUGCAGCUCGCACGUAUCUUCUUUCUGUUAAGCUAGUCAGCAGCACGGAGACCUCCGAGCUUGAGAUAAGCGUGGAGCAGACAAUCCAGUCUUUUGGCGCCAUCACUUCGUCUCCAUGGCUGCGGUGGCUUGCCUGGCCGCUUUGUGUAGCCGGCAUCUAUGCCAGCAAAGAGCAAAGGCCAGCCAUUUGUCAAAUAAUGGCCUUGGUACGUGGUUUCAACGCCUUUGGUACUAUACAGGCAGCGUUCGACAUUAUAGAAAAGACAUGGCAGAAGCGAGAUGCAGGCGAAGCGUGUCUAGAUCUGUCCGCAUGCCUUAGUAGCCUGGGAUAUAAGGCCCUGUUAGUAUAGUGUUACGACCCCGUCAUCCUUUUCUGUAGUACCUACAUCUUUCGCUUACAUCACCACCAAUUACCCAAGGACCGAAUCUCAGCAUUUCGAUCCUUAGGCACCCAACCAAUCAGAGAAGGACUAACGCCUAAACACUAUGGUCCAGUGUAUACGACCCUAGCGGUUACGUCACGUGUACCCCACAAAAGGCUUAUGCAAGACGUAGACCCACCAAUAGCCAAGAACCAAUUAGAACUAGAUUACCUUAUAAGAUAGGAUUAUAAUACUCUAGGAUCUG